CGAUUUGAUAAAUAAAAAUCAAAUCAAAUUUCAUAUUUAUCGAUAAGAAAUUCUAUAUGAAACGGUAACACGAUAAUAAAUAAUCAUUUUAUUUUUUUUGUCAGAGUCACAAUGACUCUCGGUUUUCUAAGUAAAUGUCUUCUACAAUGGUUUCUUAUCAAGACAGUAACCGCCCAAAUGCCAGCUACAAAGUACAUCCAAAUGGGAAACAUGGCACCCGCCCGUCCAACCGUCUCCACCAUACCGGGUGUACCAAUGCCAUACCCCCCCAACCCUACCUUUUCCUCCCUCGUUAAUAACUAUAUACCAAAUUACUCAAAUCUACCUCUCCCUUUUAAUCUCCCCAACGUCCCUCCCCCUAUGAUGCAAAUGUCUUCACCACAAAUGAAUUUACCCCUACCUUUUACAAAUGUACCCCCAGUAAUGCCUUUAUCUCCCCCAAUGAAUCUAGCGUUCCCCUCUCCAAACUUCAAACCUACGCCACCAAGCAAUUUAAUAGAUCCAACAGUUAUGAACAACUUGGCUAUAGCUUUACAUUUGUUAAUAUUAAAUAAUCUAUUGCACCCGGAGCAGGACACUCCAAAAACACAUGUUCCCAUAGAUCCACCUCAAACUCCUCCAUACCCUCAAAAUCCUCCACCUCCUCAAGAAGUCACAAGCCCUCCAUACCCAACACCUCAAAACUACUACCCAGAACCUCAAGAUCCAGCUCCAUACUCCCCUCCUAAUUCUAAAUUCCUUGGUUCUUCAGGUUUCGUUGAGCCUCCAUUACCAUCUUUAAUGGGAGCCCCUGUGCCCCCUGGUUCAAGGAAUCAUCACAGCCUCAUGUCCCCUUAUGAAGUUAUAGCUUCAGGACCUCAACCAGGGAAAGACGUCUUCGCGCAAUACGGACCUCAAAAUCUAAAAGCUGAUUUUCAAUCGCCGUAUAAUUCUUUAGUGGCUUAUGAUAAUACUAGUAAGGACUUGUUUGGUAUGUUUUAAAAGUUAUGUAUAUUCUAUUUAUUUAAUUAUUAAAUUAUUAAAAAUA